CGAACCAACAAAUAUGACAGCAAAAGGAAAAACAACGCCGUGCGCGUGCACGAGGUGCUGAAUGCCUCUGUAACGCGCAUUGGGGCUCUCCCGCCCAUGCCCAGACCGCGCUUUCACCCACGUGUUUACCUGUAGCCAUUCAAAGCCCAGCGCUGUGGACGCGCAAUGGCUCGUGGUCGCGCACGUUUGGUUCCAAUAAUUUAAACGGGAACGAGUACGUGCGCGCACCCGUAUUCUUUGUGUGGCAGCAUAGAGAAGCGCCAAAAGAGUGACCAUGGCUGAUGAAAAACCAAAGGAAGCAGUCAAGACAGAAACCAAUGAACACAUAAACCUGAAGGUAGCAGGCCAGGAUGGAUCAAUAGUUCAGUUCAAGAUCAAAAGACACACGCCGCUCAUCAAACUCAUGAAGGCCUACUGCGAUAGACAGGGACUGUCGAUGAGGCAAAUCAGGUUCAGAUUUGACGGACAGCCAAUAAAUGAAACAGACACACCAUCACAGUUGGAAAUGGAAGAUGAAGAUACAAUUGAUGUGUUUCAACAACAGACGGGAGGCCUCAUGUAAUCAACCACGUGCUCCAUUGUUUUCCUUCCUCAACACAACCAACCUUCCCGGCCUGUGAUACACAGCGGCUGCUUCUUUGCAACUUGUCCGAUUGUCUUAACAGAAUUCCAUGCAGAAGAAAUUGUCAUUUCUCUGCUUCACACGACUGCUGUAUAGUAUUUUUAUUCUCGCUCUCGUUCCUGUUCUGUUUUUGUACAUAAACCACACCCAGGUUAUGUUUGCUCAUGCUGUACUGUGGUAAAAAAAAAAAAAAAAAGUAAGGACUUCUUCUUGCAAGGUUGCAGACAGAAACAGAUAGGAAUGGUGAUAAGAGUGAGAAUUAAUAACGCUCACUUUAUGGAUCAGAUGUCAUUGGGGUAGGCUCCGUUAGUGUCCAUAAAAAUCUGUUCUUGAAGUGUACUAUUUUGGGACUGGCUAUUACUUGGGGAAAGGUAUACCCAGUUUAGAAAUGCUGCAUUGUCAUUUGAUUUCUGUUAUCUUCAGAAAAAAUAUUUGAUUUUAUACAUUUUAUAUAGUAGUAGAUGUGUAGAGAAAUGUUUGAAUAAUGGUUUAACUAGGCUUAACAAGCUUCACAUUUUGGGAAGCUGAAGAGAUGUCUCCGUAUUGUUAUUAAGAUGCCUGUUAAAAUAAAGCUAUUGUCUUUUUCCGAACUUCCACUAA